UUAGUCCAUUUGGCAUGAAUACGUAUGUAAUCACUUUGCUAACCUCUUUUAUUCAAAGUGCGGCGGCGGCUAAUGAGCCGUUUUAAAAUUUUAACGUGGGAAAAGUGUGCUCAAAUUCUCCCUACUCUCCCCUCCCCUGAAGUGACAAAUUCGCCACGUCUUGAGUCGACCAAGGCUGUCAGACUCAACAGCAGGUUAUGUGCUCAUAACCCUCAUGCUCUGUGUAGCCACGCGCUUAUUCUCUCAAGCACUGAAACGAUCCACAUCUCCUUGGUUUCAUCUUGUUGCACGAGCCAUCCAAAGUCGAAGAAUGUCUCGCAUUGUGGAAUGUGUGCCUAAUUUCUCUGAAGGUCGAAACAGUAAAGUAAUCGACGCGAUCGCGAAAGCCAUCUCGGAAACUGCCGGUGUUAGUCUUCUGGACGUUGAUCCUGGGGCGUCGACCAAUAGAACGGUGUACACGUUUGUUGGUAGCCCUGAAGAUGUAGUCCAAGGAGCUCUAAAUGGGGCAAAAAUAGCCAAAGAGUUGAUCGAUAUGAGGAAGCACAAAGGUGAGCACCCUCGUCUUGGCGCCCUGGAUGUGUGCCCAUUUAUACCUGUGCGGGGUGUCACAAUGGAGGACUGUGCUGCCUGUGCAAGAUCAUUUGGAGAAAGAGCAGCAAAAGAACUUGGGAUUGCAGUUUAUCUUUAUGGUUUUGCUUCUGAGCAAGACUACAGAAAAACAGUUCCUCAGAUCCGUGCUGGGGAGUAUGAAGGACUGAAUAAAAGGAUUGUCAUGCCUGAAUGGAAGCCUGAUUAUGGACCAGCUGAAUUUGAUGCCAAAUGGGGAGCAACUAUUGCAGGAGCAAGAAAGUUCCUGAUUGCCUAUAAUAUUAAUAUUCUCGGGACAAAGGAACAAGCUCACCGAAUUGCCUUAAACCUUAGAGAAACUGGUAGAGGAAAUAACCAGCCAGGAAGAUUAAAAUGUGUCCAGGGCAUUGGUUGGUGGCUGGAAGAGGCAAACCUGGCGCAGUUGUCACUUAAUUUGGUUGACUAUGAAGUGACCCCAAUGCAUGUUGCAUUUGAAGAAUGUGUCAAAGAUGCCAAGGAACUGAAACUUCCUGUAUGUGGGUCACAAGUUGUUGGACUCAUUCCAUUAGAUGCUAUACUGAAAGCUGCUGAAUACUACAUUGAAAAGGAAAAUCUAUUUAUUUUGGAGGAAGAUCAGAAGAUAAGGCUUGUAAUACAAAGACUUGGACUUAGCUCUGUCACACCCUUUGAUCCCAAGACACGAAUCAUAGAAUACAUGAUAAGUAGUGCAGACAAGUCCCCACUUGUGUCAAUGACUGUGCGGGAAUUCAUCAAAGCAAUAGGUGCCCGGACUAGUGCCCCGGGUGGAGGCUCUGCUGCUGCAGCUAUUGCUGCUGUUGGAGCAGCACUUGGAACAAUGGUGGGCUUUAUGAGUUAUGGAAACAAGAAAUAUGAUAAUCUGGACCCACUGAUGAGGUCACUGAUCCCAUCUUUGAGGCAGGCCAUGCUGGACUUGACAGAGAUGGUGGACAAAGACACUAAUGCUUUCAAUGACUUUAUGCAAGCACGAAAAAUGCCAAAGAAGACACCGGAGGAAGAAGAAAAGCGUGAAGCUGCCAUGCAGGAAGGUCUGAAAAGUGCAGUGCAAGUGCCAAUGGCAGUGAUACAGACAGCUAACAAAGCCUGGCCACCACUUGUGGAGCUCUCCAAAGUCUCAAACCCCACCACUCUCUCUGACCUUCAGGUUGGUGCUCGGAGUUUGGAGACGGGCGUUUGGGGUGCUUACUACAAUGUGAAAAUCAACCUUCCUGACAUCAAGGAUGAACAGUACAAAGCUGAGGUGUUGAAGCAAGCCGAGGACGCAGUGUCACUUGCUCAGCAACAAUGCCAAGAGGUUCUAAAGAUCCUUGACCAGCGAUCACCUAAAUAACCCAAUUCUAGUUGUUAGACUAGUUCGGUUAAUGUUGCUUUGAGCUUUGGUCUUUAAAGUGCAGAAGCCUUUGCAAUUAUCUAUUAGAGUAACACAAAUGAACUAAAGAAAUGAUUAACAAAGUAACAUUUACGAAUAAAGUUUUGUAAGGCAAAUGUAGUUUUUUAGGGUAAGAAAAUGAUACAAGAAUAAUCAAAGAGAAAUAUUUUAUCAACUUAGGAAAAACAUUCUGUUCGGUUAAGUAUCCUAUUCUAUUUAAGUAGCUAGGCAAGCUGGUAUUUAAAAUGGAUUUAAACCUUCAGAACAUUUGAUAAAUUAUAUAUGGUUGGAAAUAUAAA